AAGAAAUAAAGCUUUUGAUGCUACCCACACUCUCGACGGCUCUCUUUCGUCAUUCGAAACACGAUCUUGGCACUCGACGAGAGUCUGCACCCUUGUCUCACGCUAACAUCAGCAGAUUUCGAGGAAAGACGACAGGCAAGCAGUGACCUCGAUAGAGAUAAAAAUGGAACAUACUUCUGACGAAAAACCAGAGAUUGGCGACGAAGUGAUUGUGGAAUUGCUAUUAAAAGAAAUUACCGAAUUGGUUAUCGACCAAGGACUAUUGUCUGGCAAGGCUUUAAAAGAAGAUCGGGUCACCAAUUUUGUUCAUCCAGAAAAACUUAAGAAAUUGGUAGAUCUCUCGCUAGGUGACUCUCCUCUUAGUCACCAUGAAAUAUUUGAAUUGUGUAAACAAGCUGUCGAGUACAGUGUACGUACCAAUCAUCCUAAAUUUCUGAAUCAAUUGUAUCAUGGAGCAGACCCUGUUGGUCUUGCAGGAGCAUGGCUUUCUGAAGCUCUUAAUACCAAUUUGUACACAUAUGAAGUAGCACCGUUUUUUAUGAUGGUUGAACAUGAAGUCCUGGCUCAUCUUAGAAGUUUCAUUGGUUGGGAAGAUGGGGAUGGAAUAUUUACUCCAGGAGGGAGUUUGGCCAACAUGUACGGAAUGGUUCUUGCCCGUUUCAACAAGUUCCCUGAAGUGAAGACCAAAGGAAUGGGCAACAUAGGAGAACUUGUGGCCUUUACAUCCCAAGAGGGUCAUUAUUCCAUCCUUAAAGCUGCCCAUUGGAUUGGUUUAGGAACUGAUAAUCUCGUCAUGGUAGCAUCUGAUAGUUCUGGCAGAAUGAUUCCUGCUGAAUUGGAAAAUAAGAUUGUAAAGGCUCUGGAACAGAAAAAAGUGCCAUACUUUGUCAAUGCGACAUCCGGAACCACCGUUUUAGGAGCUUUUGAUCCUUUAGAGCCCUUAGCUUUUAUAUGUAAAAAGUAUGAUCUCUGGCUUCACGUCGAUGCCGCUUGGGGAGGAGGUGCUCUUGUCUCUCAAAAACAUCGUUCCUUGAUGCAUGGCAUAGAAAUGGUUGACUCUGUGGCUUGGAAUCUCCACAAAAUGUUAGGAGCUCCGUUGCAAUGCUCAGCUUUCUUGACGAAACAUACGAAUGUUUUUCAUCGAUGCAACAGUGCUUCUGCCACGUAUCUUUUCCAAACAGACAAGUAUUAUGAUAUGCGUUACGAUACGGGUGAUAAAAGCAUCCAGUGUGGCCGAAAGGUUGAUGCUUUCAAAUUGUGGUUAAUGUGGAAGGCUCGCGGGAACAGAGGUCUGGAGAAAAUGGUAGAUAACGCCUUAGAAUGUUCCAAAUACUUCACACGUCAGCUCUCCCAACGACCGGGAUUUCGGCUGGUCAUUGCGAAUCCUAGCUUCACGAAUGUUUGUUUUUGGUACAUUCCGCCCAGGUGGAGAAAUUCGCCAGAGACGCCAGAAUGGUGGGAAACACUUUCCAAGGUUGCACCUGCAAUAAAGAAACGAAUGGUGGAGAAAGGAUCUCUCAUGGUCAGCUACCAACCCUUAGUCCACAAGAACAUGGUAAACUUUUUUCGUUUAGCUCUUCAUUGUCAGCCGCCUCCUACCCACGAAGAUAUGGAUUUCGUUCUGAAUGAAAUCGAAAGAUUGGGACGCGACUUGGAUAACAUCCACUAAAAGAAUCUUGACAGUUGUUCUACGUUUCGAUUGUUAAUUACACUGAAAAGGUGAA